CUAUUAUUAGCUUUUCACCCGCCGUAGCCGUCUCCCUCCCAGGGCUCCUCCAUCAUCCUCUGUUCUCUCUCCUCCACUCAUCAAUUACCAGAGUCUCUUGCUAUCCCUGACUCCAUUACUUGUGUUAGACGCUAGCUUUAACUUCCAGAGGGCGAGCAAAAUGUCAGAGUUAGAGCAAUUGAGACAAGAAGCUGAGACCCUCAGGAAGAAGAUGAGGGAUGCUCGAAUGGCUGUAUGUGACACUUCACUGGCUGAGGUUGCAAAAGAUGUUGAUCUCAUAAAUCGUGUUAGUCUGAGGACCAGGAAAACUUUACGCGGUCAUUUAGCAAAGAUAUACGCCAUGCACUGGGCCUCUGACUCCAGAAACUUGGUCAGUGCUUCACAAGACGGCAAAUUAAUUGUGUGGGAUGCCUACACUACAAACAAAGUUCAUGCUAUACCUCUGAGAUCUAGCUGGGUAAUGGCCUGUGCAUAUGCUCCUUCAUCAAGCUUUGUGGCUUGUGGCGGUCUGGACAAUGUCUGUACAGUUUAUAGUCUUCGUAACAGAGAAGGUACUGUCAGAAUAGCAAAGGAGCUCCCAGGUCAUGCUGGCUAUCUCUCGUGCUGUCGGUUCAUUGAUGAUGGACGCAUCCUGACCUCUUCUGGUGAUAUGACAUGUGCACUAUUUGACAUUGAGACUGGUCAGGUAGCUACAUCAUUCACUGGUCACACUGGUGAUGUCAUGAGCCUCUCCCUUGGGCCAGACCAGAACCUCUUCAUCUCUGGAGCUUGUGAUGCUUCUGCCAAGCUCUGGGAUAUUCGUACAGGCAAAUGCGCUCAGACAUUUGUGGGACAUGAAAGUGAUAUCAAUGCUGUAGCUUUCUUCCCCAAUGGCCAAGCAUUUGGUACAGGGAGUGAUGAUGCUUCUUGCAGGCUAUUUGACAUCAGAUCAGAUCAGGAGCUGAUGACUUAUUCAUAUGAGAUGAUAGUAUGUGGAAUCACUAGUGUUGCCUUUAGUAAGAGUGGCCGAUUGCUCUUGGCCGGCUAUGAUGACUUCAAUUGUAAUGUCUGGGACACACUCAAAGGAGAAAGAGUUGGAGUACUGACAGGUCAUGAUAAUCGUGUUAGCUGUUUGGGUGUGACCGAAGACGGUCUAGCUAUUGCCACUGGGUCCUGGGACAGUUUUCUCAAAAUCUGGAACUAAUCCACCUACUACUAACCACAUCCCACUAUUGGUUCACACGCAGUGGGAGUGUCAUUUUACAUUUGUUAUACCAAAUAAUAGUUAAUGGAUCUCAGUGACUCUAAAUAUAAUGUGCAUCGUAUUAACUUCCAUGUAAUGUUUCUUGUCUUUCGUUGUAUGUUUACGUAUUCUCUAAUAUUGAGCUAUUCUUGCUUUGUUUGUAAUUGGCUAUAAGUAAAAGACAAUAUUAUUAUUAAUUAUUAUUAUUAUUAUUAUUAUUAUUAUUAUUACUAAAAAUUAUUAUUAUUAUUAUUUCUCCUUGUCUGUUUUACUUAAAAGUGAUUUAGUAACAUGAUUGUUAUAAUUAA